AGUGUGCACAUUUAACGGUCUUUUCUUUGUCCGAAGAGGAAACGGAACAAGCGAAAAAAGGACGAAGAAGUGAGAUCAGCACCGGGGCGCGUUUGUUUUACGGUGUUCGGCGAAAAUUUGGUAAUAUUUGGGUGUGCUGGACGGGUUCCUGUUCGCACUCUCUGAUUGGAGGGUGGUUUCCACGGUGACGGUCGUGUUCUGAGGUGACAUCAGAAUGCCGGCGGCGCUCACCGACUCGAGCCAGAUCAUCUGCGAGGUUUGGGCCAGUAACGUGGAGGAUGAGAUGCGCAAGAUCAGAGCCAUAAUUCAGAACUACAACUACAUUGCAAUGGACACAGAGUUUCCUGGCGUGGUGGUGCGGCCGAUCGGUGAGUUUCGCAGCACCGUGGACUAUCAGUACCAGCUCCUGCGCUGCAACGUGGACCUGCUCAAGAUCAUCCAGCUCGGACUGACCUUCAUGAACGAGGACGGAGACUACCCAGCAGGCACCACCACCUGGCAGUUCAACUUCAAAUUCAACCUCACAGAAGACAUGUACUCCCAGGACUCCAUAGAUCUGCUGCAAAACUCUGGUCUCCAGUUCAAAAAACACGAGGAGGAGGGAAUUGACACGCUGUACUUUGCCGAGCUGCUCAUGACCUCAGGGCUAGUCCUGUGUGAAAACGUCAAGUGGCUCUCCUUCCAUAGUGGUUAUGAUUUCGGAUACCUGGUGAAGCUGCUCACAGAUGCCCGACUGCCCGAAGAGGAGCAUGACUUCUUCCAAAUCUUAAACCUGUUUUUUCCUGCCAUUUAUGAUGUCAAAUAUCUCAUGAAGAGCUGCAAGAACCUCAAGGGAGGGCUACAGGAAGUGGCAGAUCAGCUGGAGCUAAAGAGGAUUGGCCGACAGCACCAGGCCGGGUCAGACUCUCUGCUCACAGGGAUGGCCUUCUUCAGGAUGAAAGAGCUUUUCUUCGAGGACAACAUUGAUGACGCCAAGUAUUGUGGGAGAUUGUACGGUUUGGGAUCGGGCACCAGUCAGACACAAAAUGGCCUCUCGACGUCAAACCAGGAAGACCCCAACAACAAACACUGACCUCCAACCAACGCACUUUUAAACCAACCAGCAGCAUCUUCACAGCCCUUUGGACAGACAACCCUUUUAUUCGGUUUUACCUAAAUCUACCACCUCAAAUCUUUUAUUUCAGUUUUACUCUGUGGGACCAGCACAAAUGUGACUUUUUUUCUUUAUUUUUUUAAGUUCAAACGCUGGACGGCCUGUAAAUGAAUUGUAUGAUUAUGAUGAGAAUAAACCGUUUUAGCGCUUUAUUUCAUUUCCAAGCAUUGAAAAACUUUUAACAGACACAACCUCUGUCUCUGCAUGAAAUCUGCCAGUGUUUUUACAUUCUCCAUUGUUUUAAACAGUUGUAUAUUAAAUUGUUUUGUAUUUUUCAAUGUGCCAA